AUGGAGGAGGAGCCGCCACAACCCGACGAUCCGGCAAGAGAUCACACAGCCGCACCACACAAGCGUCAAAGGACUGAUUCGGAAAGUUCGACAUCUCUGGACUCCAUCCAAUCUACCCGAACUCUUCAAUCAGAAGAUCUCGAAUUUGUUCACGAAAACAACCGCAUCUAUGGCGAUCACAGCUACUUUAUGCCGUGUGACCAGACAGAGCAAGAUCGUUUGACAAUCCAACACCAAGUCUUCGUUUACGCAUUAAAGGGGAAGCUCACAACUACAAGAAUAACGCCUGCUACUAGGAGAAUUCUCGACCUAGGCACUGGUCCUGGAAACUGGGCUGUCGCAAUGGCCCAACAAUAUCCCCAUGCCGAAGUUGUCGGCAUUGACAUGACUGCAUGGGACAUCGAAACGACAGAAGGAGAAGCAGGAGCCGGGCGGGUGACGUGGGAGAUUGAUAACUUGGACGUUUGGGGAACGGAUUCUGAAAUGGAUGAGCUGACCUCUAAACUUGAGUGGUACGACCCCUUCCGAGACCCAACUGCACGAAUUCCCAUCGACUCUCCCUCGAAGUCAAAAGGAAAAGAGCCGCAAACCCAGCCUCAAAGCCCACUGGCAUCCGAACCCUCCUUUAACCCCUACAUCCUCGAACCCGAAGCACAGUUGGGCUGGCACUUCAGCGAGCCUUAUGACCUCAUCCACCUUCGCAACCUCAAAGGGACAUUCGCAUACUGGGAAGACGUCUAUGCCGAGAUUUACAAGAAUUUAUCUCCAGGCGGCUGGAUUGAGGUUGGUGACUACGAAAUCGUGCUUCCGGAAAUGAUAAACUCUCCUGACGACCCUGGUGUGGUGUCUUCAAGCAAAGCUGGAAAGCGCCCGCUCACUCAUGAAUUCGCACUCCCGUGUAUUAGAAGGCUGUAUCUUUCUAUGAUGCAGGCGAGUUUCAAAAGUGGGCGUCCGCUAGGAUCAUAUUACAUGCAUCCGACGUAUCUAGAAGAUGCUGGGUUCAAGGAUGUGACGACAACAUAUGUGAAUGUUCCUGUGGGAACAUGGCCAGAGGAUGAGGAGCAGAAGAAAAUUGGGAAAAUGUUUCUUGUGGUGUUCAUGGAGAGUCUGGAGCCGCAUUGCUUGAGACUCCUGACUAAAUAUGGGGAUGCGGAGAAGAUUUGGACGCUUGAGGAGGUAAACGACAUUAUUGAGCAGGCGAAAAAGGAAGUUAUGGAGUGGGGCGACAAAGAGGGUGCGCAAGCCAGGAAGGAGGGAUGGUGUGCGAAUUUCAAGUGGGUUGUGGGUAGGAAGAGUAAAAAUGCUUGA